AUGUCUGUUCCCCGCACUACUUCUCUUGCUGUUGCUGCUACUUCUACUACUACUGCUACUGCUACUACUACUACUGGUGCUACCGAUUUCGGUGAUGCUCCUGUCAGUGCUCGACUGCGACGACGGCACUCAUAUCGCCGCGGCGAAUGCGGACACGUCAUGCCCGCAGUCCGCGGACGAUCGCGCGACAACAAUCACCGGUGGCCGCAGCGGCCGUGUCGACGACGGCAUGUGUCGAGGCGGAACCACGUCGACGACAACAGCAUCAACCGGUAUACACCGGUAUGGGUCGUUAGAAGCUCUGUGGAAAUCGCGCAUGCUACGGAAACACUCGCGGAAACGGAUCAAACACCGGCUCGAGUCCAAAACGAUUAA